AUCGAUUGAACAUUUUCAUUUCUACCGUCAUCAGUGUUGCAUCGCGAUCGUACAUUCUCUGCCUCUCAUAAGCAAAAAUUACAUCAGACCAAAACCAAAAGCAGGAGAUUUUUCCUCCGAACGCUUUCCGGAAAGGGAUCUUUUCCCUAGGCCGAUUAGAAAGUAAGCUUUUGCGUACGAACGCGUUCCGGUGAAUGAAUUGAAAAAUCGUGUCAAAGUUAGUUAGUUAAAUUGUGUAAAAAUAAACGUGAAGGAAAAUCGAAACCUUUAUCUGUGCGAGAAAAUCGAUAACUAGGCAAAACGGGUGGCCAAACGACGGUCGUGUCGGGACUCGGAACGGAAGUUGCAAUAAGACACACAUUUUUCUAUUAUAUAGGACUCCGCAUCUAGACCAAAUUUUACUAGUUGUUACUGUAGUUUUGGAGAACAAAUAUUGUCCUACGAAGCAGUUCAGUUAAUUCGUUUAAAGGGCCCAGACGCGCUAAACCAAGUGUGAGCGAACAAAGAUGGUCCUGUAGGAGGACACGACUGAACAACAACGAGGAAAAUUGAUUUUUUCUCAUUGGUGAAAAUCCAACAAAACGCGAAAAGGAUUCAAAAAUAGGUUAAAAUUUAACACUAGCAUUGAAGCCCAUCAGUAUUUUUCCUAAAAUAGUAGUUCAGUUAAAUAUAAACCAAAAGUAUUAAUUGGAAACUAAGAAUACCAAGGUGCUAAAGCAGUUACACAAAUUUAGGCGUUUACAAUAGUUCACAGCCUACGGGAAACGGUUAUCGUCGUCGUCGGGUGCAAGAGGCUGCAAAAUUUUAGCAUCUCCCGUGACAUCGCCCUCACACAAAAAUCCAAUGAAACCAAGUUUCAAAAACGGAAAAUUUGCUACAUCAAUCUAUGAAAAAUGUCUUUGCCAAAAGAGUGGAAUCUCCAGGCAUCGCAGGUCUGUCUCGAUCAACCCAUCAGACCCCAGAGUCUCAUAUCGGACGACCUCGAGAUACAGCCAAAGUACGAGAAUAAGUUCCUCCAUGCCGUGUAUCACCCGUCGAUGCCGGACCCCUGCCGGGCCCCACUCAAUGCGGCCCUGCUCGCCGAGUGUGACAACAGUGGUUCGUUGUUCUCGAUCCAGUCCGCACCGGUGGUCCCGACCUCACUCUCUGGCCCUGGCGAGUCCACACUCAACGGAGGCAUUCCUGGCAGCCAGCUACCGAUCGACCCCAUGGGAGUGGACGCCAUGCUGGACCGGCAACGGGACUCCUACCCGGGGGCCACUGGCCCUCUCAUCAGCCCUCUGCAUUGCAACACCCUCCCGAAGGAAGACCACCGUACGGACACCCUGUUGCGACCUUCUUCAUUGGCCUUCGACACCGGCUACCACGUGGUCAAACCUCUUGUUGAACCCCAACUGUCCGCCGAGUUGGACGAAGACGACAAUGAAAAUCUUCUGACUGUCUCAAGCUUAACUGCUAGGCCGUUGAUUGCCAAGUCCCGUGAACUCAGAAGCAAAAAGGAAAAGCUUAUCAAACGCAGAAAGAAGGUAUCCACCGAAACCAGCAGCGAGGAUGACGAGGAAGGACCUCCGGACGGUGGCUACGGAUGGGUGAUCGUGUUCGGGGCAUUCUCCGUUCAGUUUUGGGUCGCAGGUCUGGUGAAGUCCUACGGCGUUCUAUACGUAGAAAUCUUGGAAAACUUUCCCGACUCUUCGGCAACCACGGCCUCGUGGAUUCCGGCUAUCUUAUCCGCUUUGUGUUUAGCUUUAGCGCCCGUGUCUAGUGCUCUGUGUCAACGUUUCUCGCCGCGAAUUGUAGUGAUCAUUGGUGGCGUUUUCUGUGCCCUGGGGCUCACGAUGAGCUACUUCGCCACUAGCCUGUAUCAUUUGCUGCUCACCUUUGGAGUACUCACCGGAAUAGGUGGGGGACUAUCCACCACGCCCGGCAUCGUCAUCGUUUCGCAGUACUUUGAGAAACGGCGAGCUCUGGCCAAUGGAAUCACGAUCUCCGGUACGGCCGCCGGAAGCUUCAUAUUCCCCAUGCUGAUCGAGCGGUUGAUCCAGCUGUUCGGCUUUCAUGGCACCAUUUUGAUUUUGGGUGGAUGCAUGUUGCACGUGUGCGUGUCGGGAGCGCUCUACCGCCCGGUGGACGAUUCAGCGCAGAAGAAGCCAAACCCGCGGGAAAUCGCUCCGUACACUUCGCGGAUGGAUUUCAAGGACAACCUUGGCCAUCUUAGCUCCUCGGAGGACCAUCUGAGCCGGCGCUGCUUGGAAGAUCUGUUCCUGGAUGAAACCGUCCGGGCCGACAAGAACCGCAACAGCCUAAACCUAGACGGCAAGUUCGUGAACGUAACGGAAAAGACGCUCCAAGAAAGCGAAGACGAACUGAAAGACAUCAUCUCGAAUGCGAUCUUUCUGAAACCCAUUGCCUCGAUCAAAAGCUGCAGCAUACUGCACUCGGUCGAAGAUCUGAGCACCGAUUCAACGUUCGUGUACAAGAACCGCGGCAGUGGGUACGACUCACAGCGCAACAGCAAACGGCUCAAGCAACGCAACGAAGAGAUGUACAACCGGAUUCACCAGCAGAAGCAUCAGCAACAGGACAUCCUUUUACCGCCAAAAACGGAACAGCAACAACAACCACAACAACUACCACCGCAAACCCAGGGACUGACGCAGGAUGCAAGCCAUGUGGAAUCGACGGAGAAGGCCCCCAAAUCGGAAUGGAUCAUCGGAGGCGACGGAGGCGGUAACAACAACAACAACAACAACAACUGCCCGCUAUCGCAGAACCGCGGCUUGAGCAAGAGCAUGAUCAUUCCGACGCCGGCCAGGGAUUUGUCCAACAUCUUCGACGACGACGAGUACGAGGAGUACAGCGAGGGAUUGUUGGACAAAAUCAGCCAGUACCUGGACAUAUCAUUACUAAAGGAUAUCACGUUCAUUCUAAUGUGCCUAUCUGUGACGUUGAUGUCGGUCGGGUGUCCUUACAUGCUGUAUUAUUUGCCGGCUUACGCUAUUUCCACAGGUUACACGAAAUCUGAGGCAGGUUAUCUGGUAGCGGUCAGCGCAGCACUGGAUUUGAUCGGGCGUUUAGCUCUUGGCUAUUUAUCUGAUUUGGAUCUGUUCGACCGAAAAAAGGCUUAUAUUGUAUGUAUAUUGGGAGCCGGCACGGCCGUGCUGACGAUCCCCACGAGCGACACGUGGGUCGUGAUCGUGUGCAGUGCCGGAUGCUAUGGACUGUGCCUGGGAAGCUGGUACUUACUGAUGCCGGUGCUGCUGGCCGACCUGUUCGGGACGGACCGGAUCAGCUCGAGCUACGGGCUGGUUCGGAUGUUUCAGAGUAUUGGUGCUAUCUCGGUGCCACCACUAGCAGGUCUUCUGCGGGACUUGUCCGGUGGCUACGAGAUCUGUUUCUACUGUAUGGGUGUGUGCAUGGUGCUCGGUAGUGUCCCGUUGGUUGUGGUCAUUAUCAAGGAUACGUUGGCCCUCGUCGACAAGAAGCUCACGUUGGAUCGGGUCGCCUAGAUUGGAACUGCGCAACAACGACGGAACACGGCGGAUGGAGCGAUGAAUGUGAGAUAAGUAUACACAUAUAUAUUAUUAACUAGGUAUGAGAUGCUCGUGUUAUCGUAAUAGUAAUAAUUCGAAAGACAAGCAAAUCACGAAUAAACAAACCACAAAAAGAAAAACCCUAGCUAAAAUAUUUGAUGGGGACAUUUAUUGGUUAUUUCUUUUUUCUAUUAAAAAGAGGGGGAACCUAAACCGAUAAUAAAAACGAUGGUUCUUCAAAACCUUGUACGUGUAAGCGCGAUUGUCGCGCACCUGACUUAACAAGUAACUCUAAUUUUUAGCGUAUCUAGGUUCUAAGAAAUUUGAGGAAAAUAAAAGACUAGCGGUAACCGGUUUAAGGUGAUAAA